CCUCCCUCUGUGUUUUCUGUUACAUAACUCCACGCUGGCAGGAGGGUCAUUCCUCAGCCUGUGUUCUUAGACAGAAUAGGUUUCCUUUUCUUCUCCUCUAGCCUCUGAGUUUUAAAGUAAAAUAUGAGACUAAAGAUCAUUAUUGUUCUAACCAUAUUAACCGGGAUAACUGGGAGCCCCAGUAUUACAAUUAGACCUGAAGUGGAGUUGGUGGACAACAAACAACGCAUCUCUGAACAGCAGAAUCUGGUGACAGAAACGGAUGAGGUUGUAGAGGAUGUGAUGGCGACCGGAGAGUUAAAUCCCAAUCACUACCCAGCUCAAAGAGCAGCCAAGGUGGUCCAGCACUAUAUCAACACCCUCUAUGGUUCACCAUUCAAAGUGUUCCAUCUGCACCGUGUCCACAGUGGAAAUGCAGAGGAUGUUGCAGACUCUGGAAGGAAGUACCAGUUGGAAAUCUCUGUGCAGGAGAUGAUCAGCAACACUUCAGGAAAAUGCUCUGCAGAGGUUUUUUUCUCAAGGGGGGAUAAGCAGCAUUCACCUCAAGUCCAGGUGAUGUGUGAAGAACUGUUAAAAAUCAACACUACCAAGGAAGAAGAUGCCUUUUAUCAGCAUCUUAAGAAGAACACCAGUCUGCUGUCUGCAGAGUAUUUACCAGAUAGCCACGGCCACAUCGAGCCUGACAUGAAGCCUCUGUGGCAUCUGGCAUCUGUAGCCUCCAGCUUCAUUAUGCUCAAUGAAUCUACCCAAGACACUCUGUUCAACAUGGCUCAGGUGGCCAACGUCACACAGCUGGCAACUGAGAGCGACCAGUUGAAGUUUGAGUACCUCAUACUACUGCAUGAAAUGGUGUCCCAGGAAAUAAUUCGCUGGAAACUGCUGGUCAGCUGGUGUCCCCCAGAGGGAGUUAAAGUACUGCAGAUGGAGAAGCUGCCACACUGCCAUGAAUGUGAAAAACCUCCAAACACAAACUAAACCACUACAUAUAAAACUACAGCUACCAUGUUAGUAUGUUAUCUGAGGUGUUUGCCAUAGAGUGACAGAGCAUAUCCACCUUCUCUCCCUCUAAAGAGGCCUCCUCUGAAUGGAUGUUGAAUGGGACAAUAAUAAGUCUGUUCUGGAGUGGCCAUGUUUUUAUUGACAGAAGCUCCUUUUUCACAGUGUAUUCCUAUGUCUAUCCAAAGGCCCAGACUGCAAUAUCUAUGCAAUAUGUUGUUCUUUGUUCAAAAUAAGAUCAUAGGUCAGGGUCAGAUACUGGUCAAUGCUGCUUUGCUUGUCACUGUAUUCAUACAAUGGAACUCUGAGCUUCGAAAAUAUUAAACUUUACAACACA